GCUAAGUGCAUCGCUAGCACAGUUGGUCCGAGCUGCUGAAAGGUCUGGUCGCAGAGGCAGGAACGCAGCAUCCUCAGCGUGCUCCAUCCCGGCUGCGUCCUCCUGCGCUCGGCGGGGCAGCGAGCCUCCGAACGAGAGCCCCUCUGCUUCUCGGAGAAGCCUGAUGAAGUCCUCCGAUAUCGAUCAGGAUUUGUUUACAGACAGUUACUGCAAGGUGUGCAGCGCACAGCUGAUAUCCGAAUCCCAGCGGGUGGCCCAUUAUGAGAGUCGAAAACAUGCAAGCAAAGUCCGACUGUAUUACAUGCUUCACCCCAGGGAUGGUGGGUGCCCUGCCAAGAGGCUCCGGGCAGAAAAUGGAAGUGACACUGACACGGUGGAUAAGAAUAAGUGCUGUACACUCUGUAACAUGUCCUUUACCUCAGCCGUGGUGGCCGACUCCCAUUACCAAGGCAAAAUCCACGCCAAAAGGUUAAAACUGUUGCUAGGAGAGAAACCUCCAUUGAAAACCACAGCAACACCCCUGAGUUCACUUAAGGCCCCUCGAGUGGACACGGCUCCUGUGGUCACACCUCCCUAUCAAAGGAGAGACUCCGACAGAUACUGUGGCCUCUGCGCAGCCUGGUUUAAUAACCCUCUGAUGGCCCAGCAGCAUUAUGAUGGCAAGAAACAUAAAAAGAACGCAGCACGGGUUGCCUUGCUAGAGCAGCUGGGAACAUCGCUGGAUCUGGGGGAGCUGAGAGGUCUGAGACGCACUUACAGAUGUACCAUCUGCAGUGUGUCACUCAACUCAAUAGAACAGUACCAUGCACACCUGCAAGGAUCGAAACAUCAGACCAACCUGAAGAAUAAGUAAUGAAAACAUCAAUCAAGAGCUAAGAAGAGAUGCCUGAAUUUCUCUAUGGCAGAGAACUGCUCACCGACUAAAAGAGGAUCCUUUCUUGAGCAAUGAACACUUCUUACAAGGAUUCACAGAUAAACACAUGACCAAUCUUGAUUUCUGGAAGUAGAUAAGAUUUCUUUUUCCUCAUUUAAUUUAGUGGCAAAUUAUACUUGGAUGAGUCUUAAAGAAUCCUUUCCUGGUAACAUGUUUAGCACAAGUUCUAAACUGCAAUCACACAGCAGCUAGUCAGAGCAUUAUUCAAACUUACACAAAGUGGAAAAUUUAAUUUCCUAUUUAUUCUAGAUUUCCUUAGAGUUAACUUGAUUCUGUGAGGCCCUUCAUGACUAUCAUGUAAGCCUCCCAGAUCCAUUAACAAGUACACUUUUGUCAUCAUGUGGAACAUAGUUGGUGACAACAUCCGCGGUAAUAGAACAGAUUGUGGUUUGUAGAAGUUCUAUAAUGGAAAGAGACACGGAUGAGCAAGCCAUGUCUCUAAUGCCACGGGUAUUAGAAUAAGUGGGAACAGAGAGGAAGGAUCUUUACUCUGGAUCACCUUGAUUGAAAACUUCCUAAGAUUAGAUCAAGUUUUCUCCUUGCAAGCUGCCAGAUCAUAGCUUAGGAAAAGAAUUAGUUUGAUUGCAUGAUGAUCCUAUUAAGUCAAAAUGUUGUCACAGCGGUCGACCUUGGUGUAAUGCUUUACUAAAGGCAUCUAAUGGAGGAUUUUAAAACACAGAGUGAGAUGGAAGUGGUUCUUAGGAAGUUGACCUGAAUGGUGGGCUUUAAUUUGGGACACUGAUGAUUUGGGGGAGAAAGUGACUAAAUCCUGAAGAAGCUUCAUUCUUCUGUUUCUCUUCCAUCCUGUUGCUGAGCUGGGAUUCGGUGACUUAGAAAAGGAUGUCUAUGGGUAGAGGAUCGACCAGAGAACUGAUGCUCUGAGGGAAACUGCUAAAUUCCUUCUCCAGGGUUAAUUGCUCCACACUGUGAUGGGAAGUGGUGUCUUGUACACACUACAAGGUAGAAGCAGAACUUCCAUUCCUGGGCUGUCAGCUGGCUGGAGCAGCCCUUUACACUCUGUGACCACCAAUCUAAUGAAGUCAGACUUUUCCAGACAUCAUUGCUUUCCAUGGAGAUCUGAAGUGGUUACAGCCAGUGAGCAAUAAAUGAAACGACACGGAAAUGCACAGUGUUGUUCUUAAGGUGCCUGUUUUGUUGUGUGAGGAAGUCACAGUCGGAAGGGACCAGACUGUGGCUGCAAAGAGGAAGGUCACACACCAUGUACAGUCAUGCUGCAGGUGGGGAGGAAGAAGGGUGUGGUGACAACAAUUUUUAUUUUGCUAUUUUGGAAAGAAGCACACAACAGAGCUAUAAUCCUCCAGUGAUGGCUUGUCUUCGAAUGUGUGGAAUAAAGUUUUAUUUGUCAAUUCUGCUGUAAAAUAAGCAUAGUCUGAGUUUUUUAUUUUUAAAACUUUUUUCUGUUUAUGUUUAGUGCCUGAGCUCUUUCCCUAAAGUGUUGUGUUCAUUUUUUUAAUGACCUAAGAUAGAAAAACCUAGGAACAUAGAUUCUCUUUGUGUUACAGUGAAGCUUUGCCAAGCCCUUUAUAGAUAAAACUCCAGCUACAAUAAUCUGAUUAUUUCAGAGUGCCUCACUGAAAUACCAUUGCCCUUUGUCAAGCUGACACAAACACCCCACCAGAACUUUUAGGGUUUGACUGUUCUCACAUUUGUUCAUGCCCAUGUAGAUAAAGGAAAUUUCAUUCCAGCACACCAUAAAGACCAACUUGACCAGACUACUUAAUGCAGGAAGGCUCAGAAAUACCAGUGUCCUGGAGACUGUAGAAUACAAACACCACUACUUGGGAAACUGUGCUGUUCACUGUUCCUUUGGUAUGGCUGUAUGUUAAAUUAAGUCUUAACAUUACUUUCCAAGUUUGUUAUGGAUAGAUGGGAGUUGUAUCUAGGGAAAAUAUUUUCAAAUGGCCAAUUAAUUCUGCUGUAAAGAAAAGAGAUGGAUGCUGCCAUCACUCAGAACACUCUGGAACAACCACGACGAGAACACAUACCUACUGACCCUGUAUUAAACCAAGACAUUUAUAUUCAAUAAGACAGUCAUGGAUGGUCAAUAUGGUCAAACGUCUCUUUCAUCCCAUGACAUAUCUUGGGAUUUUGAUUCCAAUAUGAAUUGUCCAUGUAAUCUACCACUGAACUCCAUGCUCAGCCCUGAUUCCUCAGAGGACCAAAUUACUCCUUAGUCCUGGCAAUACAAUUCAAAUUUCCUUUACAAAAUGUUCUUCUCUUUUAGUGCAGAAAUAAACCUGAGGGCUAGCACAUGUGCCAGUGACCACAAAUGCCAUAGCAGUGAGUCCCAAAUUAAUGAGCUCUCCUUACAUACAGUCUCCACAGCCCAGUGAACUCAUAAAUAUGCUCAUAAAGCAAUCCACUAAGCAGCAAAUGCUGCAGCGAUUCCUACUGCUGAUAAAGUAGCCAUAAAACUCACCCACUCCUGCUGGACUGGAAGACCCAUAGGAUUUGAACUUUCUUGGCCUCUUAGAUGACAUAGGAACAUAAAUUGGAGCUGCAAAACUCUUCACAUUGUCUGUUAGAGCAAGUUUAUUAGGUCAGCCAUAUCAAAAGGCAAGAACAACCAGACACAUGUGCAACACUGACACUCCUACAGAACUCCCCACCUUCCUGGCAAAGCUGAGUAGGACAUUUUUGACAAGGAUGUGGGAAUACAAAACACUAAACCCCAAUAAAAGACUGACCAGGUCAUAGCUACACUCCCCCACUAAAUAUCUGUCGUUCACUUUGAUCAGCUUGUCCAAUGAAUUAUUUUUUUGUAUGAAUAAAACUAAAGCGGGUCUGUCUGUUCAACAAAUUAUUGUAGGGAUGGAGCCCCCUCCCCUUUUCUGGUUUUGAAUCUGUUCAUAUUCAAGGCAUGUUAAACUACCUCAUAGGUUUGUUGUGUGGAUUAGCUGAUUAAUAAAUAACAACUGCUUAAAAUAA